UCUUGGUCUUGAACGCACGUUGCGGCCACGUUGCUCUGUCGCGCGCGCUCUGCAAACAACCCGCGGAAAACGGUGGAAGGAACGACGAGAGACGAGAGAGCGAGCGGAGUAGUAGUGGUGGAAGUAGUGAAGUAGUGUGGUGAAGUGGAGUGUGCCACAUGCCCGGUUUUUCCUCGAGUGUGUAGAUCACUGGCGACGGCGGAAGCGCCCAGGAGAAAAAGUAGAAAAUCCUCCCACAGCAGCAGCAGCAGUACCAGCAGUCAUACUCUCUGAACCAGGAGCAGCAGCAGCAGCAAACAUUCUGAGUCAGCAGCACAAUAGCGGCCACAAAGUGUCGUCCGCAGGCGCACGCGAGCGCACCGCGAUUAUCGUUAGUCAUUCAGUCAGAAAAGUGUUUCCUGCAUUCCUUGGCGCACACCAAGCGGUGCUUUGUUCGUCGUACUCCAUUAUAUUUCCCGUGGCCAGCAGCAGCCGCCAGACACAGGAGGUGCGAUAGGAGAGUGUGUGUGAGCGUGUGUGUGCGUGCGUGCGCGAUAAGGAGCACCCUCAGGAAACAAUCAGCGGAAUUGUUCAACAAAAAGGAAUCCUCCCCACCGCGCACUGUCUUGUGCAGAGGAGUGUUGAUCCUCUGUGUAGUUGUGUGUUUAUGUGUACAUCGUGUGAAGGUAUUUUAAAUGCCAAAGUCGUCACACUUUUUAAAAGGAAGCAAAGUUUUUAAACUGGUGGUGACCGGAAGUGUGGUGUGCGCGAACGUUGGUCGCGAGAACUGCGCUGCGUUGUUGGUGACCGCGCCCGUCCCGUGAUUAGCAGGAAGCAGUAGUGUGUGUGUGUGUGUGUGUACGACGUGAAUCCUGUCGAAGCCUUCAGCUGCCUGCUGCCUUUCUUAUCCCUCUUAUCAGCCACACAACGUGUGCGUGUGUUUGUGUGUGACCGAUUGUGUGAGUGUGUGUCUCCGGCAUACAGCAUUCCAGCAGUCGGGUGCGCCGUCAUUCUUCAAUUAGCGUCGUCGCUGACGUCGUCGUCGCCGAUCGCGAACACCGUCCGUUCUCCUUCUCCCCCGCCGGGCCCCGGGCGGUUGGUUGAUUGGUGUGUAGUGUGCGUUGGCCACAUGAUGCCUUCGUCGGUAGUGCCUGCAGCAGCAGCAACAGUCAGCAGCUUUGUGUCCUAGCAGUGGCGGCGCCUCACUUGCGGCUCGAUUUUAGUGCGUGUGUGUGUGUGUGUGGUGCUGCGAUCAAGAAAAAGAAGUAGAGAACCUAGGGGAUGGCAGGCCGCCCCGAUGGUACCCUCCCCCCACCGUAACCAACCUUCUCGUGUGUGUGUGUGUGUGUUCGCAGUGUCCGCGCUGUGCGUGUCCUGUGUAGUAACGUCAACGUCUGAUCACACUCCCUGAGUGGAAGAGAUUCGUGAGAGCGCCGCGCGUGGUGGUGAUGAAGUGAGCAAAAGUAAAGUGACAAGCGAGAAAAGAAGAGUUGAUAUUGAAAAUUGGCGCGAGCGCGAGACCUCAUGCCCGUGCCGCGCGAUAACGCACGCUUCAACGCCGAUAACGCGUAGUAUCGUAUCCCCCCGUUUGUGUGUGGCUGGCUGUGGAAUGCUCUUUGGCGGUGUGAGCGGUGAUUUGGAAAUCGAAUACAAGCAGAGUAGCCACAGAGGCCACAGUUUUUGAAAGCAGCGAAAAGCAGCAGAAUCCCGUAAACUUCAAAACCGAAACGCAACGCAACUUCAAACGGGCAGCAGUAGCAACCGGUGAAGGAAUAUUAAGGGCGUCGUCUUUCAGUAUUGCGAGAGUCGAACAAAGACUGAUAAAAUCCGUGUGUGGUGGUGUAUUGUGACCCUCCAAGGACACGCUGAAAUAGUGUGAUAAACGGUAUCACUAUUCCAAUUACUAUAACCUGGCGAACAUAAAAGCUAGCAAUCAACAAACAACAGAUCACAUCAAAAUGACUUCCCAAAGAUUCUGUCUCCGUUGGAACAACCAUCAGACGAACCUGCUGUCAGUAUUCGAUCAGCUGCUCCACGACGAAACGUUUAUCGACGUGACGUUGGCCGUCGAAGGGCACCAUCUAAAGGCCCACAAGAUGGUGCUGUCGGCGUGCAGCCCUUACUUCCAGCAGCUAUUCGUAAACCACCCCGAGCGCCACCCGAUUGUCAUCUUGCGGGACGUGCCUUUCAAGGAUAUGAAAUGUCUGCUGGAUUUCAUGUAUCGUGGCGAAGUAUCCGUCGAUCAGGAUAGGCUGGCAGCGUUUCUGCGAGUGGCGGAAAGCCUUCGGAUAAAAGGACUCACCGAGGUGAACGAUGACAGGCCUACACCUCCGCCACCACCACCUCCAUCAGCCUCAUCUGCCCCACCAACAGCACCACAGCCGGCGGCGGGGGCAGCUGGUGGCAGAGUGGCAACUACGCCGAACCACGGAGGUGUGGGCAACAGUGGCAGUAGCGGCGCUGCCAAUGCCUCCUCUUCACCAACCGAAGACACGAUGGCUGUGACCGGUAUGGCAUCGCCCAUUCCAAGUAGUAUUCCAUCCGCCACGGCUACCGCUGCGCAAACCAACAGCAGUACAUCCAAUGGGCACAGCGGCACUAGCACCAACACCAGUACAACGGCGUCCACCGGUCAAUCGACAGCACAACAGCAGAAUAAUCUAAAACAACUUCCGCCGCUGCUGGCAGCGACCGGUAUUGUCACGCGCAGCCACAGCAACAGCCUACUCCAGCAGCAUCAUCAACCGCAAUCUCAACAGAGCAGUAAUAACAGCAACAGCAGCACUACUAGUAGCAACAUGCUCCAAACCAACCCACUGCUCGGUUCGGCCCUCUCGCAACAGAAGCGCAAACGAGGACGCCCACGGAAGCUUUCCGGUAGUGAUGCCGGUGGUAGUGGUGGUGCGACGGCUGGCGCAACUACCGCUACCGGUGGUGGUGAUGGUGGGGAUGGAUCUUCUUCCUUUCUCGCUGGUGACGACUACGAUAGCAACUCGAUGGACCUGAUGGAAGUACGAAUUGGUAGCAGCGGAGCGUCGGUUUCGGGCGACGAUGAGCAACAGCUACGCAUUGUCACAAGCCGAUCGGAAAUGGACGAUGAUAUUGAUGCUGAGGACGACCGUGCUGAUGAAGCGCUGGAUGAUGAAGAGGAUGAGCAACGGCAGCAGCAGCAGCAGCAACAAAGCGGUCAGGAUGAUAACGAUCAAGAACAGGACGUUUCGCUGGACGACGCCAUGAUGAUGGAACGAAGAAGCAGCAAUCUAUCGUCGCGGCAAACGAAUAACAAUAACCAUGGUGCCAAGCGGCAACGUCUGAACAAAAAUAGUAACGUAACGACACGGAAAGCUAGCCUACGCAACAACGAUAACAGCAUGUCCGACUCGAAAGAUUCAUUCGCAGAGGAAGAAAACUAUCUCGCAAUGGAGGGCAGCGCAUCAGGUGACGAAGAAGCAGAAGAUGAAGAGGAGGAUGCCGGUGAGGAUUCAUACGAGGAGCGAGAGCUGAACUCGAGUUUGAUGGAACCGCAGUUACUGUUGGAUGAGUUCGAUGAGCCGGUGGAAUUUAAAUUUGAUCCACGCACGGAUAGUGGCGCUAUCGAUUCGACGACGACAGCGACGGGCAACAGUGGUGGUUAUCUCCAACCCCUGCAUGGAAAGGCAGGUCUGAAGGUGGUGGGUGGUUCGUCCGCUGAAUCUGCAACAAGUACGCCGGCCCGCAUGCCCCAAAUUUCCGUUGUCCCGACGACCGCGCUACAAAUACCGAAACUGGCCCCACUGACCCCGGGUGCUAAUGCAGGCUUCCUCAGUGGAAGCACCAAAUCCUUGCCGCGGCUUCACAAACGUCAGCGAUUGUUGGCACCAAAGAAACCGAACGGUAUGACAACCACUCAAACGAUCCUCAACAAUCUGAACAACAAUUUGAACGAAAGCCUUAUCUCAACCUCAUCGAAUUCUGCGACAGCAACGGCUGGUGGUGCUGGCGGAGCGUCAGGUGCGGGUGGAUUGCAAAUUUCUAGCGUCUUAUCGGGUAUCGGAUCGACCGAUGUGUACGAUAUGUUCUCGAACAGCGUGCUGCGAUCGUCAAGUCCUCGCUCCAACUCGAACUCACCCUCAGUCAAGAGCGGCAGUGGUGGUAACGGUGGGGGAGGUAGUGCCGGAGCCGGCGGUGCCGAUGGUAGCCGGCCGCAUAAGUACGCCGUCAUCGACGACACCGAAGGAAGUGUGCGCGAUUUCUGCAGCAAGGAGGGCGAUCAUGUGUACCGGUGCAAGGUAUGUCUACGUGUGUACACGCACAUCAGCAACUUCUGCCGGCACUAUGUCACCUCGCACAAGCGCAACGUGAAGGUCUACCCGUGUCCCUACUGCUUGAAGGAGUUCACGCGCAAGGACAACAUGACGGCACACGUCAAGAUCAUCCACAAGCAGGAAUUCGCUCAACACACGACCAGUGCCGGUGGUACUUCACCUGCUAGUGGCCUCUCCCGGGGUGAAGAAUCCAAUUCCAGCUUUAGUCUGAUGGGCAGCGGUACUGGUAAGGAGGCAGCGAACGGUGGCAACAAUUCAACGGCAGCCACAGGUUUCAUUGCGGUGGCGAAUGCGGUCGGUUUGCAACCCAAAUCGGGCACCACUGGCGGUGGAUCGAGCAUACGAAUCGUAUUUCCGUCGCUUCCUGGGGCGAUCUCGUCGAGUGGCGGUGGUGCAGCGGCAGCAGCCGUUGAUCCACUGUCAGUAGUAGCGGCAGGGUCAACCGGAGCAAUCACCAUCAAGAAGGAGUUCCCUGACAAACCAUCGUCGGGCGCGAACUCGCCCACUGGUUCCGUCUCGUCCAGUUCCUCUUCGGGCAUCACAGCUAAACAACAAGCAACGACUACGGUCAGUCAGUAGAGUGUGGCGACGGGGUAGGCAGCUUUUAGGCUAUAAAAUUCCACAAAUAGGACCCGAUUUAUCCCGAAUUCCGAUGCAAAUCUCAUACGCAUACUGAAUACACGCAAAGCUAGAGGGAAUGAAAGAGAAAGUGCGCUGAAGAUACAGCACAAUAAUACGAUCGACCAAAAGAGGCUAUACGUUAGUUAAAAAAUGUAAAACAGCCACAUGAGCCACAUGAUGAGCACAUUGUACAUUAUCACUGGAUUCACGACUACUAACAUUAAUAUCAACAAAGCAGCGGCAUACUUUAUGGUAUACCAUUUGUGCUGAAAUCGCGGCACGGUUAUGCUGGCAAAGCUCUGAUAACAAAACACAACAAAAAAUCUCGCCAUUUAGCCUGGUGAUGGUGAGAAAAUUAUCAUUCCUUCAAAAGGGUAUUUUAGGGUACAGAGUGAGUGCUUCAGUUCACGACGAAGCUACCAAGGAUUCUUGUUUCUUUGAAGGUACACUUACUUGUACGAAAGAUCAGAUGGUGUCUGGCGGUGACGGUGGUGCAGGGGGUGCACAUGAGGACCACGACCAUAAAAAAAACAUUAUUUAAAUAUGUGUCUUCUUUGUGGUUUGGUUUGUGCUGGUCAGUCCAAGGAUUUUACGAAAAAACAAUAUGCCAGAGAGCAAAAUCAAUUUGUUUUAAAUAUAUAUAAGGAAGGACGCGGUAUGUUUGAGAGCAAAAUCAAUUAUAAUGCUAAGAAUAUUGCGAUAAUGUGUGUGCAGUAGAAGGAGGAAGGUAGAGGUUUGAUGGUGGAGUGCAGCGACGAGGAGCAGGAUUCAUUUAUGAAUUCGAAUUUGAUCAGCGCGUAUUGAAUGACGUCGUAAUUGAUCUAAAUUGAAGUUGAUUUAGAAUGUACAGAGCGUUCCGACGAAGGACGCUAAACAAUUCUUGUAGGCAUUUCUAGCGGUAAUUUAACGUAAACUUAUUUUAGUGUCGUUACGUUUUGUACAUCCUUGUUCGUCCAUGCGGCAACAAAACUCGCAAGACACACAACCAUAAGUCACACAAGUCUUCCUCCGCAAAAGAGCAAACACACGCAAGCUAGGAGCAAAAGGCCCAGCAACCAUCAGAAUCGUCUUCCCAAAUGGGAUAGCUGUAUGGUGGUUGUUUUACCUUGAUAGCCAAUGCAAUGCUGUGUGCCGUUAAACCAAACGAAUGCUUUUUGUUUUGUUUUUCGAUUGCAUUUUAGUUUGUUAACUUUUUUUUUCAAACAAGAAAAAGAAUUGACAUAAGAAAUAUUUAAUUAGUGGUGUAAGGGUAAUUCAUUCUCUGUGUACUGCACUGGCACUGGCACUGUUUAAUAUUUCUUCAUUUUAAUCAUUUCUGUCUGUUUUCCUUUGUGUCUUUAUUUGUUAAUUAUUUAUAACAUCGAUCCCUUGAGAGUCUUGCUGUUAUUAUUUCUCUUUUAUUGUUUAUGUUGUUGAAAACGAUCUUCUUUGUGUUCUCUCUGUUUCUUCAAAGCAUCGCUGUCCCACUUUGCGUUACGAGCAGCGCAUUGAGAGCGUUUAUCUGUUCUUGUGGGUCUUAUUAUUUUUAAUUUAAUUUUAAUCCCGAGGCUUCAAUGCGAUGCUGUUUAUUAGUUACCAAAAACGAACUGCACUAUACACUGUAUGUAUAUAAACAUGCAAACAAAUAUAAUUAUAAUGGCACAUGAAAACGCGGAUUCAUAGUAUUUCCGUGUCUAGCAGACGAUCUCACCCCUUUUUAGUGUUGCGAGCUUAGAUCCCUUGUACUCCCAUUCCUUUCUCCAAUCUUGUUUUUAAGCUAGCUUGUAAAGAUCUUAGUUAACUUACACUGGAAUCAUGCAUUUGCAGGUUUGUGAGCAAAUGAAUCAAAAUUGCGGAGAAACGAAGAGAUAAUAAAUCCCAAAAUAUGUCUAAAGAUAAUAUGUCUAAAGGAGAGUACACUUUCUAAAGGUUUUUUUUAGCGAUAAAACGACAGAAACAAGUCUGAUAAGAUAGUAUCAAAGAGCGCGCACUCCAGCGCGCCUGUUGCUUUAGGUGUAGGUUUCAACUGUCAUAGGGAGGCGUAUAGUCAAUAAGGUUCAUCUUUGGAAGUAAGCAAAAAACCUGUAUGGAACUUUUUUUUAAAUUCUCGUCGCUACAGAUCCACCAAACUAUCUGCGAAUAACCGGCUACUCACACAGGCAGCAAAUGCGCCGAAUCGCGUUCGGGAUUGAAGCAGAACUAAGAUUGGAAAUUGUUGAUACAAGAAUGAAUGUAAAAUGCAAAUACAGCGUGUGAAGAAAGAAAGGAAGACACUUCUACUAUUAAAUACUAUUAUUACCAUUUAUCGCUAUCGUAAGUUCUGUUUUGUUCCAGAAACUGGGAAAACCCAAUAGCAUGUAAGGUGGGAUUAAAACAUGCAACUAGCGAGAGUUAGGCCCGCCUUAUCGGGGCAAUGUUUAGCAUUGUAAAUUAGAGUGAAUAGUAUUUAUACAAAAUGAAAACGACAUACUGACACAUACACACACAUACCUCUAAUCCUUAAUCUCCUGUAUCGAGCAGCAUUACCAGAAGCAAAAGGUUUUUCUUUGUUUGUUUGUGUAUUUUAUGUAUGUUCUUGCUCUAGUUUAUCUAUGAAAUAUCGCGCAUAGUGCGUGUACAGUUAGCCUCACCCAUUGCCGGUUUUAUGUGUUAUUGAUUUUUGAAAACGGACUUUCGAUGCGAAUGCUAGCGGCGUUUCUACAUGCACUGUACAUUUGGCAAACAAUAUACAAAUUUAGAUAUUGCAUACAUUAUUUUCAACGUGUAAAAAAAUUGUAACGGCUUGUGACGCAAACAAUUCGUUGCUGCAGUGUAACUACAGCAGCAGCUGCAGCAGAAGCAUACAUUGUCUCACGAAACGUUCUCAGUUAUCCUGCAAGUGUAUUUCUUAGAAUGUCUAUUUCCUGCAACUGAAAGAGCGAGAAAGCCUGUUUUCGGCUCACAAUGCAAUACCGAUAUUCUAGUUUGAUCGAGUAACUGUUUCAUUUACAUGCACCAUCGAUAUGUUUAAAGACUUUUUUGUAUUAUAAACCACAUCUGCGGCAGCACGCCCCGUAUAGAAACAAUAGAAGAAUGUCAACACUGAUACUUUUUCUCUCUAUUAUUAGAACAUUUCAUGCGAUGUCUUUGUAGGGCAUCGAUGUGCACAAUAGACAAUGCUUAAACGCACUCACUCUCUCACUGACACAUACACGAACCCCGAUAGCUAGUGCAAUUUUAAUGAUUUAAGUAGUUCUGCUUCCGGUUCAGGCGGAAAAGAAAAGACGAAAUACGCCGCCGUGGCGACAGCAACUGCGCUCCGGGUGCAAUUUUAUUCCGGGACGGGAGGUGUAUGAUUGUACAGAAAAAGAAAUGCGUUUAUGAAAUAGAGGAGAGAGAGAGAGAGAUACCUUCGAAUGAUCGCUUAACUAGAUUGUCGUGAUCCAGCAUUGCCUGUAAACGAAAAGCAUUUAAUCAUUUUAGCCCGGACAGAAAUGGUCUUUGUCCGCCAAUAACCACCUAUUCGACUCCGUUUCUGGCCUGUAGGAUGCUGAUGGCUGAUAUAGACGUUACUAUCUUAAAAGGGAAGAAAGGAAACGGCGCACGGACCCUCCAUACGAUGAAAACAUGAAGACAUGAAAACAGGACAAAUCAAAGCAUGAACCAGGGAGGUACCUCCAAACAGGAUACUAUUGCUAUUGAUGUGAAGCAGUCGAAAAUGCAUGGUUAGCUAGCGCGUAUAGUAGGUUAAAUACACAAAGAAAAGAAUCACCAAAAGAAACUAAAUAAAUAACACAAUUGUACGCACAGACUUAUUAAACCUAUUUUUCGAUGUAUAUGUUUUCAAUUGUUUUUUUUUCGCUCUUGCUGUUGAUGCUCUCCCCCAUUUCUAUUGCAUGAUGCUUUUGGAAUUGAUUUUAUUGAAAUAUUUGUGAUGCGCAGGAGCAAAACUACUUCAACUUGCUUACGGUUACAACAGCAAAUGCCAGUUUGCUAGUGCCUGCGAUUGCGAUUAGAGGUGAUAGAAUGCCGAAAAUAUGCUAAAAAUAUGUUUUUAACUAUCCUAAUAUACACUUCUAUUUCUAAUACCGGCGAUCCUAUUGCGAACCGAUAACGGUGCACAGCGGGAACAUCGGUGAUUUAUAUUUAAAAAUGGUACAGGUGCACUGCCUGUGAAUAUUGGAAUUGAACACAAGAAAUAAAAUGAAAAUU